GCAACUCUAUCAUCUGCUUGUCUGCUUGUUGCCUAAUGAAUUAUAUAACCUCACUUUUUAUUACGCUUCUGUCACCCUCGUUUCAUGUGCUUUGAUCAGAAUAAAUUUUAAUUCUUCAAUUGAUUAUUCACCAUGAGUAUAUCAGAUGAACUUGGUGUAAACGAACUGUUAGCUGGUGGAUCACUUCUGACAAGGCCAGCUGAGGAGUUUGAAAAUGACCAAACAGUUGAAGCGAUGUGGGCCAUGAAAGCGUUCGAGCACGCUGAAGUUUAUUUCAAUAUUCUAUGUUCGGUUGACCCUAAAAUACUACGUUUGACGCCUCAUGACGAUUCUAUCUAUAAGACAUUCAGAGAGCAUUUUCCAGAACUGAAAAUUGAGAACAUCGACGAAAAUGAGAUGAAGAGUAAAGAAGGCAAAGAUAAAUGGAGACCAUUUUGUGAGCAGUUCAAAGACGUUGUUGAAGACUACAGUUUCGGCACUCUCCUGAGAAUCGACUCGACCGGGGAUUACUCCGAGAAAAACUCCACUCUCGUACCUAGAAUACAGUUCUAUGCCAUUGAGUUGGCCAGAAACCGGGAAGGCCAUAAUGAUGUUGUCAGAUCUAAAUACAAACCAUCCAAAACUGCUUCGUAGUUGUAAUCAAGUAGACACUUUCUGUAUCAAAUUUCCUAUUAAAUCAUAUUUGUAAUCAAAA